UAGUCACAUUUAAGAGCGUGGCGUAUAUAAGCGACCAACUGACCAAAGACAGCAUCCAGUUAAAGGUUUGGAAUCGUAGCGGAUUCUACAAAUCCUUACCAUCCAACGUAAAUCGAAACAAAGGUGUUGUGUGUGUGACAGAAAGUAAGACGACCCUUACUUUAAUUUAUUGACAACAACAACAGCAACUGAGAAAGUGGGUGUGUGGUGUCUGUGCAAUACAUUCCAAUAAAAUCAACAACAACAACAACAUCAUGAAAUUAUUUAUCUGUCUUGCCACAUUGUUGGUGGCCUCAGCCUAUGCUGAAACUGCUGCCAAAAAAUCCCUGAGCGAAAAGAAAGUACCGCUCGAAAAGAAAUUGGACAAACGUGGCCUUCUUGAGCUGGGCUAUGGCUAUGGUCAUUCCGGUUUGGAUCUUGGCUAUUUGGGUCAUGGUUCCAUUACCUCCGGCCAUGGUUAUGGCUAUGGCAGCAAUGCCAUCAUCGGCCAUUCGGGACCUGCUGUUGCCUAUGGUCAUAGUGCACCACAAGAAUUUCUAAUUAGUCAAAUGGCUGAUGUUCACAAGACAAUUACCAUUACCAAGGGUGUGCCCGUCCCAGUGACUGUUGAUCGCCCCUAUCCUGUGGAACACAUUAAACAUGUCCCAGUUGAGGUUAAGGUUCCGGUGCCUCAACCCUACGAAGUCAUUAAGAAAGUUCCCGUCCAUGUCAAGGAAUACGUUAAGGUACCCGUCCAUGUGCCCCAACCCUAUGAAGUGAUCAAGAAGGUCGAAGUUCCCGUCCAUGUGCCGGUCGAUCGUCCUUAUCCCGUCAAGGUUCCCGUGCCACAACCCUAUGAGGUGAUCAAGCAUGUUCAAGUGCCUGUCAAAGUGCCAGUACCACAACCCUAUGAAGUUGUCAAACAUGUCCAAGUGCCCGUUAAGGUAGCCGUACCAGUACCCCAACCCUAUGAGGUGAUUAAACAGGUCAAGGUACCCGUUCAUGUGCCCGUCGAUCGUCCAGUGCCAGUUGCUGUGCCCAAACCAUAUCCCGUCACCGUUGAGAAGCCCUACCCUGUGGUCUAUGAGAAACAGGUGCGCGUUGAGGUGCCUGUGCGCGUUGACCGUCCCUAUCCCGUGCCCGUGGAUCGUCCCUAUCCCGUCAAGGUACCCGUGCCAGUACCUCAACCCUACACCGUUGAGAAGCCUGUGCCCUAUGCCGUGGAUCGUCCCGUGCCUGUGCCAGUCAAGGUGGAAGUUGACCGCCCAUAUCCAGUCCAUGUCACCAGACCCGUACCCGUCCAUGUUGAGAAACCAGUACCCGUGCCUGUGGGUGUACCCGUUGUUGCUGGUCACUCUGUGGUCCAACAUGGCGCCGCUGCUGUUGUGGCUGCUCCAGCUGCUGUCAGCUAUGGCGGCGGUUAUGCUGUCUCAGGUGGAGGUCAUGGUUAUGGCGGUUAUGGCCAUGGUGGUUAUGGCGGUUAUGGUCAUGGUGGUGCCAUCUAUGAAUCCCAUGGAGGUUAUCAUCACAAAAAGAAGUAAGCCCCUUUGAGUCCGAACGGAACUCUCAUAGGCCACUCUAACAACAACAACAACAAAAAUCCCAAAAAGUAACAAAAACAACAACAACAGAAGAGUGUAAAUGAUUUCAUUUCGUUUAUGAAUUUUCUUUACUUAGAGAAAAAACCAACAACAACAACAACCAUGAACUAGUUUUAAUUUUUAUUAUUUUGCCCCCUCCCCCUACUCCCCAUUUCUGCCCCUGAUCCCCCACCCAUUUUCUUUGCCAAAAAGAAAAUCUUUGCCACUAUUUUAUUAUUUUUUUGGGUUUUCCACAACUUCUGCUGCCACUUAACAGAUAAGUUGGGAAAUGGUUCGAAAAAAAAUGUUCGGAAUUGCAAUUAGUUAAGAAAAUUCUUGAGGCUAAAUCUAUUUAAGCACACUGCCAAUGUGAAUCCUUAGUUUUAAGGAUUUUGUAUUUAAUUUUUUUUUUAAUCUUCUUUCAAACAUUUCUAACUAAAUUUUUAUAAUAACCCAUUUAUUAUAAAUCUCUUAGUUUUCUAAGUUA